AUGAUGACCCAAACUCCGGAAACCACCAGGCCGCUUGGCCCCGUCGUCGAGCCACGGCCAGUCACGCGCCCAGAACAUAGAACCUUCCAAGGCAAGCACGUCACGCUCCGUCCUCUCGCCCCGUCUGAUGCGGACGCGCUGUUUCCUCUGAUCAGCGGUCCCGACAAUGCCUGGCUUUUCGACUACUUGCCGUACGGACCCUUCCCCUCUUCACCCGACGCCUUGGAUUUAUUCCGCACGCAAGUCGCCAACCAGUGCGCCUCCAAGGACCCCCUCUUCUUCGCCAUCCUCGUCAAUGAUCGCGUUCUCGGCUGGUCCGCGUUUAUGCGCAUCGAUGCCGCCAACGGCGUUGUCGAAGUCGGACACCUGCUUUUCGCACCCCCGCUGCAGCGCACGGCCGCCGCGACGGAGACCAUCUACCUGCUCGCGCAAUAUGCGUUCGAGGACCUGCGCUACCGACGGCUGGAGUGGAAGGCGAAUAAUUUGAACGAAGCGAGUAAGCGGGCAGCAGCGCGCCUUGGGUUCGUGUGGGAAGGGCUGUUCAGGGCUCAUUUGAUCGUGAGGGGUCGACGGAGGGACACGGUGUGGUUUUCGAUGGUGGAGGCCGAUUGGUUUGGAGAGGAGGGGAAAGGGGCUGCCCGGGAGGCAUUGUCGCUGUGGUUGGAUGGCGCGAACUUUGACGGGGAGGGGAAGCAGAGGAGGAGGUUGGAGGAUAUUAGGAGGGAGCUGGUCAAUGGGGCAGAGGCAUAA